AUGUCCACCCCCAAAAUAAUCGUCGUAAUCGGGGCCACCGGCUCCCAAGGCGGUUCCGUCGUCUCUCGCUUUCUCCAAAACCCGUCCUUCCGCAUCCGCGCCCUCACCCGCUCCCCCACCAGUCCCACCUCCCAAUCCCUCUCCUCCAAGGGCGUCGAAGUCGUAUCCGCCGACGUCAGCGAUCCUUCUACUCUCGGUCCCGCCUUCACAAACGCCUACGCCAUCUUCGCCAACAUCGCGACAGCUGCGAGUAAGGUCGAGGGUCUAAAGCACUUUGUUAUCAGCACGUUGCCGUCAGCGGAGAGAAGCAGUGGGGGAACGAUUGAGGUGCCGCAUUUUGAUUACAAGGCUAGGGCCGCGGGGUGGAUUAGGAAGGAGUUGCCGGAGUUGUGGGAAGUGACGACGGAGUUUUGGAGUGGCAUGUAUACGAGCAAUUUGGCGUUGUUGCCGAUUUUGAAGCCUAUUGAGGUGCCCGGUUCGCAAGGCGGGUAUACUGUUCCACUCCCCGGUAGUCCCGAUACCUUGAUUCCAUAUGCCGGCGACCUGGAGCAUAAUGUCGGUGUUGUGGUGGAAGCUAUCAUCAACAGCGGUUCCAAGGCGUAUGGAAAGAUUGCUGUUCUGGCCACGGAUUACUUGACCUGGGCCGAGGGGUACGCGGCCAUCGAGAAGCUGUUCCCUGAGAAGAGGAUUGCGCUCAGCAAGAUUGACCGUGAGCAGUUCAUCAAGCUCUGGGGGGAGUGGGGGGUUGAGAUCGCUGAUCAGAUGGCGUGGAACGAUGAGUUUACUGACUGGAAGGCGUUGGCCGGCGAGCGGUUCUUUGGGCUUGAGGAGUUGGGGAUCAAGGAGGGAGAAAUAACAACAACAACAACAACAACCGUAGAGGGUCAGUUAGGCAGCUCAAAUGCCAACGGCACAGGCUGCAUCGCUCUUGGUGCUCUUCUUGGAAGAAGCCUUGCCGGCACUGCGUUGACGCUUGGCCUGGGCCUUGCGCCUCUCCUUUUCCCUGACGAGGAGGCUGAUCAUCUCGCGCUGGUAAGCGGCAUGCUCGCGUUGCAUCUCGAGGAUCUCGGCCUCAGUCAUGAAAGGAGCCUUGGGAGGAGAGUGCAUGGGCGAGCUGCCGGUGCUGGAAACGCUGCGCACAUCGUCGUCGAAAACAUCGCCCAUCAAGUCCUCAUCAGAAAUUCGAAGGCAAAGUCCGUCCAUCUCCACGGUAUUAACCGUUACUCAGCAGAGGCUGCUGAAAAGCAGAACCUCCCUGUUAAAUCCGACCAGAGCCUUCUUAUAAAUACAGCCUUAACGAAACCGCACAAUACUGCCGUUAUUGCAAAGCUGGUGGAAUUCGGCGCUAUGGAGGCAUGGAACCAAUACUCGCACCUUUGGCUUUAUCGUUCUAUUCGCAAUUGCAUGUACGAUAACGUCUUGGCUGUUCUGAAAGCUGGCCUUCACGCCUUAGACCCCGGUUCGGCCAGGUCUGGCCACGGGGAUUUCAAGGACUACCACGAGCGCUUCGAGCACGAGGACGCCCUGCUGACAUGCUUCUGUGGAAGCUGGAAGAAUCCCUUCCAUCCCUUUUUCUGCAGGAAGGCAUAUGCAGUUUCCCCGGUCACGGGCGAAGCGGCUACGCGGGAGAAUCUCUCCCUUGCUAUUGGAAUAUACUGGCAGCGCUUCAUCGCUAGAAUCCAGACCUCGCACUUCUUUUCAUGGCGGUAUCCCACCGCUGGCCUUUCUAGAGCGGUAUAG